AUGACCGCACAUGUUGCCUGGGGCACUUACAACUGGUUAACGAUCCAUGUUCUGUACUUCCACGAUGAGAGUAUAGCGAUACCGCCUGCUCUACCAGUACCUGGACAUGAGCGACAUGAUGACUUGUGGCCUCAGCAUCCGCUGCCAGAAUACAUGGGCUCCUCGUUUACCAAGCUGUGCGAGUACUUCACUGUGAUCCAGGAGGUAGCCGUGGUCUACUCCAUAGCUGACGGAAAACCUGUCGUUGAUCGUGUACCCAUUGCUUUCGCAGAAGCCAAGUACCAGAAAAUCUUGGCCUGGGCGGAUUCUCUCGGUAAAGGCAUGGCAUGGGAUCAAAACAGCCAAGAGCACGUCAUGUUAUUCCAUAUGUGGUUCCACUGCGCAGUCCUGGAUAUCUUUCGCCCCUUCACCCACGGCCGCCACAAAAACUACACCCUCAAGUCCUUCUCCUCCCGAGACAGCACCCCGAAAACCAUCUUCUGCGCCUCCCUAAACCAACUAAAACGACUCGCCCUGCUCUACCGCACGCAGCAAAUGCCCAAUAGUUACAUGCCCUACAUCAACAUAUCCCUGAUCCACAUCGCCAACACAAUCUGCAGAGAGACAGACGACCCCACGGCCAAGUUUUACUUUCUCCUCUGCAUACGCUACUGGCAGCACUUGUAUGUGGGAUAUCCUAUAUUUGGGGGGAUAGCACAGGCGUUCUUGACGAUGGCGAUAAAUAACGGGUUGAUCACCAACAGAGAGGCCAAGAGGCUGAUGGCGGAGGUUAAGGCGCAUGGGGGGCAUCAUGAUGAAGGGAUCUCGACGAGUUUGAUUGUGGAUUUUGACUUGGCUAUGACGAAUAGGGACGAGGCUGAUGUCCAGGCUGUUGCGCAGAAGUUUGAGGAGGUGGCGCUGUUUGAUGAGUUUGCGGUGUACAAGAAGGAAGAUUAG